UCAAAAGACUGACAGCAGGAUUAGCAGCUCGGGGACUUUAAAAGCAGGCUCUCGGACCGGGAGAGGAGAAACACACCGAGAGCGGAGAAACGAACAAGCUCAUCACACAGCUUCUGAAAAACACGGAACAACAAGUGACCAAAUAAAAAUGGCAGACGUCGCAACUCCCGCUGAGAAGAAGGCCCCUCCCAAAUUCAAGCAGAGGGCCGCUCGUACCUUCAAGAGCAAGGCACCUAAACCAGGCCAGAAGGGUUUUGGAGAUGACAUUCCAGGCAUGGAGGGUCUUGGCACAGACUUCACAGUGGUCUGCCCAUGGGAAGCCUUCGGCGACAUGGAGCUCAGCGACUUGGCGAAAUAUGGAAUUGUUUAGUCCUCCUUCCUUUGCCUUCACCCUUCUUGCCACUGUUCUCCCCCAUGUGGUCCUAAUAUUGUCAAUCAGGUGGAUAAUCUAUUACCUUCAUGCUGCACAGAUGAAGCAGCUUUUGAUGCUGUAGAGAUUUGACCUGGAAAUAAAAGAGGAAUCCCUUCUGCACUUUAUUUGUUCCCUGCCUUUCCAUAUGUUUUUUUUUUAAAAUCUUGUGUUCAUCUCUGCCUCCCUUUUUCCUCUUUUUCUGUCUCUAUCUUCCUUAUACCCAGUUCUCUCAACACAAAGGGAAGGAAACCGAUAGAAUGUUCUAUGUGUAUUUUCAAUGUAACAAAAGGGACUUUGAAAUCCGUCACUGCGAUACCUCAGGAGUAUUACAAUCUUCUCCUCUUCCACCCGUUCUCUUCGAGGCUGCUGAUUCAACACGAACAAAUUCCUGUUGUACAGCCGAACGUCAUGUUGGUCUUCCAUCAGAAAUAUGUAAAUCACAUUAUGCUUUAGCAAAGGAUAUUAUCUCUGUCUGAAUCAAGAAAAACUGUUGCAGCAAAAGCAAUAAAUGUGAGUGCUUUGCACAAAAUAUC